GGGGUCCUUGGCAUCAUAUCACUUCCCAUGCAUAUUUAUAGCGCUGAAACACAAACGGACAUAAUUAGCAGCCACCAUCUGACGAGGGGCUCACUGGUACAUAUAAGACACAGGCACUAAUGAUCGAGUAGUCUACACCGAUCAAAUGUCUCCCCCAUCCCCAACAGAAUUCGAUAUCAUCUUUGCUGGAGGUGGUGCCACGGCGUGUGUCGUAGCAGGCCGCCUAGCUGAAUGUGAUCCAUCGCUCAAAAUAUUAGUUCUGGAAGCGGGUGAACACACCCUCGACAAACCUGCUCAUGUCCAGCCUUAUCAGUAUCCGUUCCAUAUGGCUCCGAACAGCACGACGCUCACAUUCAACUUUGGAAAUCCCUCUCCGAAACUCAAUGGACGAGCAUUGGUAGUUCCGAGUGGUCGUUCCGUCGGUGGAGGGUCGACUAUCAAUUUUGGGGCAUACACCCGUGCACCUGCCUCCGAUUACGAUGAUUGGGCAGUCGAAGGUUGGGAAUCGAAGAAUUUAAUUCCGCUCAUGAAGAAGCUGGAGACAUUCGACGUGCAACCUGGUCGUCCAUCUCACGGGUACGCCGGACCUGUCAAGGUGUCCCCUGGUGGGCAUAAACUCGGUAUCUGUGAAGAGUUCGUCAGCGUUGGUACGACCUAUCACAAGAGGCCGUAUUCCGACGACACCAAUGAUUUAGAAACGUGUAACACAUACAGCCCAUGGGCAAAGUACAUUGAUGGAGCUACCGGAAAGCGUUCAGACGCAGCCCACUGCUACAUCUACAACAAAACACACAACACGAACUUGCAAAUUUGGGCUGGCAAGCGUGUAACACGCGUCAUCUUCGAGGACAAGCGUGCCGUAGGCGUCGAGUUCACCAACGACCCAGUGUCUUUCCCAGAUGCAGAUCGGUCACCGAUUACUGCGAAAGCUUCAAAGCUCGUUGUUGUCUCUGCCGGUGCAUUCGGAUCCCCAGCCAUUCUCGAGAGGUCAGGUAUCGGUGCCGAGGCAGUGCUAAAGCGAUGUGGCAUUAAACCACUUGUGAGCCUGCCUGGCGUUGGAGAAAACUACACAGAUCACGAUGUUGUUUUGGUUCCGUACUUGGCUGCUGACGAGGCUGUUACUAUGGACCCGCUCUGGCGUGGGGAGGAGAGUGCUACGAAGGAUGCUCUUACUCAAUGGGCCAGUAAUGGCAAAUCACUGGUUGCUUCGAAUGGUGUCGAUGCGAAAAUCAAGUGGCGUCCUGAUGGCGACGAGCUGAACGCCAUGGGUUCAGCCUUCCAACCACGAUGGAACGAGUUCUUCCGGGACCGCCCAGACAAAUGUGUUGCAAUAUUCUCCCUCAUCGCAGGAUACAUUGGACCACUCAUAUUUACCCUUCCUCCGCGCAAUUACAUGAUGGCUGCCUACUUUACACUUUACCCCGCAUCUGUCGGUAGCGUGCAUAUCAAAUUGGACGAGACCGGCAAGGAAGUACUCGACUUCACGACAGGCUUUCUCGAUGAUCCAUCUGAUAUCAUACCAAUCAACUUUGCGUACAAAAAAAUGCGCGAAAUCUACCGACGCAUGCCUUCCUACCGAGGUGAACUCGCUAUCGGCCAUCCUAAAUUCCCAGAGGGAAGCGCUGCGGCCUGUGGAGAAGCGUCUGGGCCAGUGGCCUUGAAUGAGCCUGACAUCGUCUACACUGCUGAAGAUGACGAGGCAAUUGAAAAAUACCAUCGUGACUGCGUGCAAACGACCUGGCACUCGCUCGGUACCUGCGCCAUGAAGCCGCAGGCAGAACAAGGCGUCGUCGAUGCUCGACUAAAUGUGUACGGCGUUGCGAACCUCAAGGUUGCCGAUAUGUCUAUUGUGCCGAAAAAUGUUGGCACGAACACAUAUUCGACGGCGCUCGUCAUUGGAGAGAAGGCUGCGAUGAUCAUUGCUGAAGACUUGGGUAUUGCUUACAAUGUCUAGCUCUAAGCAUCGGCAGAGUGCGAGGACUCUACUAAGAAAAUUUGUAUAUUCCAGUUGAC